CUUCUUCGCUCUCUUCCCUCGUUCACAGCUCCACCCCACCACCAUCCACCACCGCGAGCACUGUCACUGCCACCACCACAUUCAACAGAAAGCUCGAGAAAAACUUGAAGAAAUCAAACUUGGGGGUUUAAAUGAAUAAUAAUUACCACCAGUUGCAGACACGAGAAACUCAGUGGUGCUAGAUCCGUGCUUGGCAGAGAGAUUCAAGGGAUAGGACUGUGUUGCAACCUGCCCCGCCCGCAGCAUUAGAUAUGCUGCCAACAAUUGCUUACGCAGAUAAUCCAUCGACUAGCUUCGCUGCAAAGUUUGUUCAUACAUCUACUAUCACUGUGCAGUGGUAGCAAUGAUCAUACAACAAAGUUUUGGUGUAGAAAUAGGCCAGGAGAUACUCCUGGUGAUAAUACGAGAUACAACCAAGCAUUUUCAGGAUUCGGUGAGCACAAUCCUCCUCUGGUGGGUCUUGUGCCCAGUAAUUUCCCAAUACCUGGUUUGCCUCGAAUUGAAGGAAUCAUUCCUGGUGUUGGAGUUGCAAUGCCGCUAUCCAUACCAUCCAUUGGCACAUCUCAUCAAGGAGAGCAACAACAGCAAUCUUUUCCAGUUUCUAUGCCUGUCGUUGUCGGGGCUCCUCCGCUUCCACCGGGUCCACAUCCAUCCCUUCUUGCCCCAGGUCAAUCUUAUCAGCAAUUUUCUCAUCAUAUGCUGCCUCAAUAACAACAACAACAACAUCAACCAUACCAACAGCAAAUACCUUCUUUACAAGUCCCACCCUCAAAUAUGCCGCAGAUGCGGCCACCACCAUCUCAUUUGUCCUUCCUACCACAUUCUCAUUCUCGCCCUCCCCCAAUGUCGGGUUCUUCUCCCAUGCCCUCGAUGUCUAACUCACCACAAUUGCCACCAAUGCACGGUCAAAUGGGGAUGCAAGGUUCGACCAAUCAGAUGGUCCAGCCAAUGCCACAAGGACAUAUGAUGGGUAUGAAUCAAAUGCAUUCAGGAUCUGUACCAGCUAAUGGUCUACAACAACCUCCAUAUGGUGGUUGCGCGAGUGGGAUGCCUAAUAUUCAGGGCCCUUCAGGUCCAAGUGGACCAGGCCAAAUGUAUCUUCCAUUGGGCAGUUCAUACAACCAUGGAGAACCUGUUCAAAUGUCAAUUGUGCCAGCACUUAAUCCGCACCAGGUGGGAAAUCAAAAUUGGACUGGCACGAGGCAAGUUGGAAUGCACACGGGUCCUUCACCUGGUAUGCUGCCUCCACCACCACCACAACAACAACAACAUGGUUCGAUUCCUCAGUGACUAGUAGCUGAAAGUUUUUGUGGAGGUAAUAAGUUACUAGACCAGAGAAAUAUGAAGAAAUAAUCUAGUAUCAAGAGUUUAUAUAUUGUCUGAAUCAUUGUAUCAAGGCCAAGUCUUGUGAUGAGUAAAUUCAACUUUCAAGUUGCUUGACAAAGGUUAGGCGCAGAGAAGUUGAUUCAACUUUAUGUUCAACAAUUUGCUUGAACCACAACUUGAAUCUUGAAGUUGAAGCUCCACAAGACUUCGCCUUACAUCUACUUAGGUUGAAAGAUGGCUGAAGCAUAGUACCUUUAAACCCAACCUUUUUGCCCAAUGUAGCAGUCUAGUUGUACAAAGUUGUUAGCUUUUCUGACCAAUGUGCGCCGUCCUUGGGACCCACAAAAUAUUUGUUUCCACGAGUCACUGCACAUUACACAACACUAGAUGAUGUCCAGAUUUUGGUGAUGAGUUAUUAUACUCUCUUUAGUUUC